AUGAUUGACGUAUUGAGGGAGGAAAGUGCUGGCGGCGGACCUGAAGUGAAUGAUUUGUUCUAUGAGAGCUUGGAAGAGUUGAAGACCGAUCCUGAUUUCAGCACAAUAAUGACCGAGUUUGAUGAUGCUCUGAACGGCAGAAAAAAUAUGAUGACUAUAGGUUUGUUGGUUGGCCGUUACUUUUUUAGUAUAGGUAAUAGCAUGAUUUGUAGUGAUAUUUGGCAUAAAUACCACGAGGGAUAUUUCGAAAUUGUUAUACGUAAUUUCACGAGCCGUUAGGCGAGUGAAAUUUGAGACAAUAUUGAAAUAUCACUAGUGGUCUUUAUGCAAAAUAUCACGUACAAAUCAUGCUAUUACAAGUUUAUACUACUACCCGCAAAGGUUUUGUAAUUUUCACAUGUAGGUAUUUCAAAUUCAGCUGAAAUACUUCUGCUCUUAACCAAUCAAAUUAAAGAAAUUUCUCAUGUAGUAGUAUAAAAACAGAUAUAUCCUGUGUUAUAGAAAUUUCUGCAAUUUGAUUGGCUUAGAGCAGUGGUAUUUCAACUUAGUUUGAAAUAAGUAGUAUAAACAAAAAAUGGCAUGAUUUGUACGUGAUAUUUGGCAUAAAUACCACUCGUGAUAUUUCAAAAUUGUCUCAAAUUAUUAUAACAAUUUCGAAAUAUCACUCGUGGUAUUUAUGCCAAAUAUCACGACAAAACAUGCUAUUACCUAUACAAAUUUAAUCACAAUUGGGGACACUAAAGAAAUAAAACGAAAAAAAAUGUUAGAAAUAAACAGAAACUUCACAAAAAUCUGAACUGGCAGGAGGCUGACAAAGCGUGUGGGACUUGUAUUCGGGAAUCCAUCUAGUGGCAGGGGGAAUUUGAACAUGGAACGUCCGGAUUACAAGUCCAGAGUCCUGACCAUUAGGCCACGUCACUGCUGCCUGUUUCCCUUUCGUCUUAUCCGUGAUAUCCUUACUAAUCAUAACCAUAACAAAAUUCUCAAAUCUGAUUGGAUAUCAACUGUCCUGAUUUCAGCCUUAAACAGGACAGUUUAAUAGGACAGUACGGGUCAUGCCUAAGUAAUUGGAUAGUAGGUGACAUUACGCGCGCGCUUAAAUGGCGUUUUUUUUUACUGUUAUCAAAAAACCCUUGGAAUUUCUUGUGUUUUGAUUAAAAAAACAGCUUUUUUUCACAAAUUUUGUUAAAGUUAUGAUUAAUUGGUAACAGAACUUCGUGUCGUCGAAUUCGGUCUGUAAUCAUACUCGUGAUUGGGCAAAUCGGACUCCCACUACGUGGUCGUCCAAUUUUUUUAAUCACUCGUAUGAUUACAGACCGAAUUGGACUCCACUCAGUCCUGUUACCAUUAUUUAUUUGAGUUUGGUUUUGUUUAUAAAUUAAGAAUUCUCUUUUUCUACAUUUUUAAGGAACUGAUCUACCAGAAUUUCAAGAAGAAGAAUCGGGUCCAAUAAAAGAUGUAGGGCUUAAAGGGGAGGUGAUCACUGGAGAAGAGAGUGAGAAAGAGAACGACUUGAUAAGAUACAGUAAUUACAUGUCGGGUGCAGGGUCCACCUUUGGAGGUUUUAUGGCUGAGCUUCCUGGAGACAUCGGGGAUAUAACGGACGGUAGGAACAUAAUUAAUAAACAUUUGAAUGCAAUUAUUACACUAGUCGACUCCGCAAUUUAGCCACAACCUGCUCGCAUGUAGAAUGGAAGCCAUGGACAGCUAUUUCCACGGUCGUAGCAUGGUACAUUGUAGUCAGGCGAUAACGUCUCACAUAAAAGCAUCGACCCACCGUGAUUCGUCUGAAAAAAUAAAUGCGUAAAUGAUUGCUUCGAUGACGAAAAGUUUUUGUUUAUUGUAAAUAUUUGAAGCGGUUAAAUGAAACGGAGUGUUUAUUUUUUUGCUUAAAAAGAAUGAAUGAGCAAAAAAAUACUCAAAAUUGUAGGUUCUGUGUUUGACUAAAACAUCAACAAUACUCGCCCUCGUUUUUUCACGAGAGACAGUGUUUGUCUCCUGGAAUAGAUAAUGCCCAAGGACAAGCAUCAGUGCCUAUUUUUGAAAUCACAUGAAGACUAUCGUUUAAGGGGGUUUUUGACCCGGGGGGGACUCCACAUAUGAAAGGGGUGGGGAUGCUCAUCGGACAUUUUGAAUUAAACCCCUAAAGGAGACCAAUCUGGGCGUGGCCCAAGCUUUUUUUUUACCCCUAAAAGAGACCAUGUUGAAACACAGACAAUAUACGUAUAUUUAUAUUUUUCGCGUGCAACCCUAAACGAUACCUUCGCGGCUAAAUAUGUUGGCGUUUUGCCCAGAACACCCUAAGUGAGACCAAAAUCCGAAAUUUACACCCCUAAGCGAGACGACGAGCAUCCCCACCCCUUUCAUAUGCGGAGUCCCUCCCCCGGGGUUUUGAAUGGGGAUAACCUCUAGAUUUCUUUUUCUUGAUGCCUUUUCUCUUAAUUUUUAAUUUUUAUCUAUUAAAUUGAUUUCAUCUUUAAUAAAUAAAGUAUGUCUAUGGCUAUGCUAUGUCUAUAUUUUUCCUGAAAUAGAAUUUUUUCCGCAAUUGAAAGGGCACUCAUUUUGGGAGACAUUUCUUUUUUAAAAGCCGUUUGUCAGAUAACAUUGUUUGUCCAUUCACAAUGUUCUCUUAUUUUCAAUCAGAAACCCAUUAAUUUAGUACUCGUAUUUUUAUAUUUUGCCUUUCUAGGGGCGAUAAAAAGCUUAAAUUACAAAUACCAUGCGUUAAAGUACAAACUAAAGAAGGGAAUUACAGUCGAUGUCCUUAGGCAAGAAAACUUUGACAAAAUGGUAAAAUCUAACAUACAACCUGAAGUACAGUUUCGAGUUGACAGAACCGGCGUGAAGAAUCUCCAAGACAUGGUUGUGUCAGAAUCAUUUGAAAAAAUCAAAGGUCUUCCAGGCGUCGGUGGCGAGCAACGAUUGUCUCAGCAGAACUUCAAUAGUCAAAAGAAAUUGGCACAGCAGAAAGGAAGGAUUAAGUCAAAAAAGGUAGCUGGUAAGAUCUUAGGUAAGGUUGGCAACGGCGUUGAGUACUGCUUUCGAUAUUGCUCAGGGAGGAGUUGA